AUGCCCGCACAAUGCGGCGUAUCCUGUAGCCUGUUACGCCUGUCUCCCCCCUCCAUCUCCUCUCUCUCCUCCUCUCACUUCCCCUUCUCCUCCUUCUCCGCUUCUCUCCAGCUUUCUCCCUAUCUCUCCCUCUCACUCCUUCACCCUCCCUCUCUCUCCCUCUCACUCCUAAACUCUCCCUCGCUCUCCCUCUCUCCCCCUCCCUCUCCCGCUCUCAUCAGCAACUUCGAAUCGCUCAACGUGGACGGCACGCUCGCCGAUGACGUCAGCCGCCUCACGUCGCUUCAGAUCCUGUACGUUCCUUUUCCACCCCUCACUGAUCUGACGCGCCUGAACGCAUCACCCGCCCUCGUGUUUCCGCCACCCGUCCACUUGUCCGUGUGCAUGUGCGUGUGUGCGUGCGGCAUGGACCGCAGCGAUGUGAGCAACAAUAAGUUCGAGGGGAAGCUUCCUGACGCCUUCAGCCAGCUCACCGCCCUGCGACACCUCGACGCGAGUCAGAACUCGUUUGUGAGCGAGCUCCCCGCGUCUCUCAGCGCGCUCUCGAGCAUCACGUACAUCAACCUGGCGAAGAACAAGAUAACGGGGUCGCUGCCCGACACCCUCACGGGUCUCAGCGAGCUCACCUACCUGUCAGUGGCGGACAACAGCAUGUCGGGCAAGCUACCAGCGUCGCUGGGAACGCUGGCGAAGCUCUCGAAGCUCGACCUCUCCAACAACGCAUUCACGGGGGCCAUCCCCUCCACCUACUCCGCUAUCCCCGACCUCAUCACCGCGGGCACGAGCCUUGACGGCGCAGCAGCGGGCGCGCCAGCAUCAGCUGGCGCACCAACAGGGGUAGUCGACGCCCCGCCUGCGCCCGCCCCUGCCCCCAUUGCCAGCGCACCUGCACCCGCCUCCGUAUCCCUCCCCGCGCCUCCCCCUGCGCCCCCGUCCCUCCCCGCGCCUCCCCUCGCCCCCGCGUCCGUCCCCGCCCCCGCACCAGCGCCCGCGUCCUUACCCGUGGAUGCGCCCGCCCCCGCAUCCCUUCUUGCGCCCGCCUCAUCACCCGCCCCUUCGCCGUUGCUCGGAUCCGUCCCCGCGCCCUCCCCCCUCAUGGGCUCCCCCGUUCCCGCGCCUUCCCCCUCCCCCUCCGCCGCCCCCCCCUCCACGAGCGCACCCACACCCACACCCGCCCUACUCCCCCCUGCUGUCCGCCCGCCAAAGCACAAAUCCCCCCCUCCGCCCAAGGCCUCCCCCCUGCCCCCGUCCCCCCCGCCUCCGUCCCCUUCCCCACCUCCGCCUGACGUUUCCCCGCCUCCGCCUCCCCCUCCGCCUCCAUCAGCGCCGGUUGCGUGUGAGGGAUGCGGGGAGGGGCAGGUGGGGUGGGCGGAGGGCGCGGAGGGCGGGGGACAGUGCGCGUGUGUGUAUCCGCUGCUGUUCACGCUGCGCCUGGGCAUGGAGUACAGCCAGUUCACCCCCGAGAAGCAGCUCUCCCUGGAGCAGCAGUUGGAAGCUGGCUUUUCCGUGCAGCCAGGGCAGGUGCGCACGCAGACAACGCGUGCCGGCAGUGUCGUAGCAGACAUGGCGGUGGGCCCCGUGUCCCCCGCCACCAUGCUGGACCAGCCCACCGUGGACCGCGUCACGGGCAUUCUCUACGGCACCAACGGCAGCAUCAGCUUGAGCGGGUUCGGGAAUGUCACGGUGGUGAAGCUCGUGCCGCCCAACCAGAUCGCACGCCCGGAGGAUACUGCCCCCCCGCAAUCCCCGCCACCACCAGCGCCAGCUCCGUCCUCGUCCUCAGGCGGGUGGUCCAUGGCGGCCAUAAUCGGCGUGGCGGUGGCGGGCUUUGUGGUGGCCGUGCUGCUCGUGGUGGCGCUCGUGGUGCUGUGCAUGCGCUGCCGCCCCAGCCGCAAGGACGCGUUCCAAGACGACCUUGCUGACGACGCCGCUCGCCCCGCCUUCCAAUCAUGGGCGAACGGGUCAUCAGCCAAGGCGAACGGCGGAGCCUCCUCGCGCAAGUCCCAGGGCGUGCCGCCCGUGAGCCUAGCCGAGCUGCAGAUGGCCACGGACGACUUCGCCCCGGACCGCAGGCUCGGCACCGACCCUCUGGGCACGACGUUCGUGGGCACCAUGCCGGACGGGCUAGAAGUGGCUGUGAAGAAGAUCGAACCGUCUGUAGUGGAAGGGCAAUCAGACGAGGACUUUGUGGCGGUGGCGGCGAAUAUGGCGCGGUUGAGGCACGCGCACGUGGUGCAGCUGCAGGGGUAUUGUGUGGACUAUGGGGAGCGGAUCCUGGUGUUCCAGCAUUGCGCUGGAGGGAGUCUGUAUGAUCAUCUGCAUCGGAACGAUGAUGACAGCUCGCAGCUGCUGUCGUGGGACGACCGGGUGGAUAUUGCGAUGGAUGCUGCUGAGGCGCUCGUGUACCUGCACGAGGAGUGCAUGCCGCCCAUGGUGCACCGCAGCAUCUCCUCGCGCAACGUGCUGCUCGACUCGUCGCUGCGUGCACGCGUCGCUGGAGCAGGCCUCUCCUUCCUCAACCCUGUUGGCACCGACGAGAAGUCGCUGUCGGACCAGCUGGUGGGCGGCUUUGCAUACAACGCACCCGAGUAUGCCAUGUCAGGCAUCUACACGGCCAAGAGCGACGUCUACAGCUUCGGUGUAGUGCUGCUCGAGCUUCUCACAGGCCGCAAGCCCGUCGACUCGUCGAAGCCCAAGGCGGAGUCAUCGCUGGUGCGGUGGGCGGCGCCGCUGCUGCACGAUGUGACAGAACUGGAGGCCAUGCUGGACCAGCACAUCUCAGGCCCGCUGCCCGACGUCUCCAAGCUCACCAAGUUUGCAGAAGUCAUCACGCGCUGCAUCCAGGUCCGUCCUCCCUCCUCUGCAUCGGAGUGA